AUGAAGCUGGAUUCUUUUCCAACCGAGUUGAUCCACAGCGUUGCCGAUUUCUUGGGCCGGCAGAGCGAAAUCAAUGCCCUAGCCAGAUGCAACCGCCGCUUAUACGCCAUCACCAACCCCUAUCUAUACCGCAACAACGCCAAAUCCUUCCACAGCGGCGCCCUCGCAUGGGCUGCGAAAACAGGAAACAAGGAAACGGCAAGAAACGCCCUGGAAUACGGGGCCGACCCCAAUGCGUGCGAAAAAGGCGACUACGGUGCCCUUCGAUGGGCCGUGGCGCAGGGCCACCUCGACAUUGUCAGGCUGCUGAUCGAGUACGGCGCUGCCUUGGGCGACUCGAUGAUCAUGGGCACGGCUGCGGUCCACGGCUUUGACGACAUCAUCAAGCUGCUCCUCGACAGCGGGGCGGACGCAAACGCCCUGGGAUAUUUGGGUAAGACGCCUCUCCUGUUUGCUGCGCAAGAGGGCAACGAGAGCGCUUUCGAGCUGCUCUUGGAGCGAGGGGCCGACCCUUUUGCCAAGUGUGCCGCUGGGUCUUCUGCUCUGUUUCAUGCCGUUGACGGUGGCAAGUGUAACGUCAUCGAGAAGCUGCUGGAUCUCGGCGUCGACAUGCUUCAAACCGACUAUGAGUCGAGAAUCGCCCAGUCCCACGCCGCAGAGAUGGGCAGGCUGGAUGCUGUCCAGCUCUUCACCCAGCGAGGCGUUGGAGUCGACCACGCAGACAGAGAGGGCCGGACGGCGCUCUCGUGGGCUGCUCGUAAAGGGCAUCACGAGCUGGUCCGGUAUCUGCUCAAGAACGGCGCAUCUGUGCAUGCCGCCGACAUCUGGGGCCACACACCUGCUCUGCAUGCGGCAAUGACGGGAAGGACGGCCAUAGUGGAAACGCUGCUGGACAACGGCGUCGAUAUCGAGUGCAAGGCUGGUGACAAGCGGACCAUGUUGUCGUGGGCUGCCGUCAACGGCCACAUCAAGACGGCACAGUUCCUGAUCGAAAAGGGCGCCAACAUGGAGACGCUGGACAAGGACGGGCGAUCCCCGCUUGUGCUUGUCGCCAAUGCCGGAUCGGAGAACAUGGCCAAGCUCCUCAUCGAAAAGGGCGCCGACGUGAACUCGCAUUACGGCCGGGGAUCGCCGCUGUCACUUGCCGCAGCCCGCGGGCAUGUCCGGAUGGUCAACAUGCUCUGCAAAGCGGGUGCUUUCGUCGACUUUCCCACAAAGAAACGAUGGACACCCCUGUUCCACGCGGUGGCGACGCAGAAGCACGCCGUCGUCGACGUUCUCCUUGACCACGGGGCUGAUCUGGAAGCCACAGACGAGGACGGCAGAACACCGCUGUUCUGUAUCGUCACGCAAGCGGGGAGCGACAUGUUUGACCAUCUGAUCCGGAGAGGCGCCAAGAUUGAUGUCAAAGACGCUCAAGGCCGGACCUUGCUCACGGAAUCGGCGAGCUGCGGCCACGGCAAAUACGUGGAACAUCUUCUAGAGCAUGGCCUGGACGUCAACGAGGCGGACGGGCUCGGCAUGACGCCGCUACACCACGCCGCCGUCUGCGAUGCGAGGGACUUGUUUAUGCAGCUGUUGGAGUACGGUGCCGAUCCGGACUUGCAAGAUGGCGAUGGAUGCUCGGUGUUUGAGCGGGCGAGGUUGCAGGGGAAUGGCCAGGAGCUUAUUGAAGCCGUGGAGCGGUGCGCGGACCAUCUCGUGAAGAGACGGAGGUAUUGA